AUGGACCACGGCGGGUAUUCAUUCUGCGUUAAGCGCACAUGCCCGGAAACAAACACGAUCUACUACAGCUGCAAGAAGUUUCGUGAGGGAUGCAAGGCAAGACUGAUUGUCCGAGGAGGAGCCGUCGUCGCCGAGAAGAGUGUGCACAACUGUAAGGAUGAGCCCAAGCCAGAAGUGGUGGACGUGCGCAAGGAGAUGAGAGUGGAGCUCCAGCGCUCUAGCAUCACCAAGAUGUCAACCCCACCGGCGGUCCUGUGGCAAGAGGUGUACGACGAUCUCACGCUUCGCUACGGCGGAGAAGGUAUUGCGCUCAAGAUCAUCCCUGCGAAGCCGGCCGUCUCUAUCAUCAAGCACACGCGCAAGGAUUGCUCUGGCGGUGAUGUCUUUGAAGCCAUUCUGACCCAAGCUGUUCGGUGCGUGAGUGACAUGGAUGCGAGGGCCUUUCUUCAGUUCAGCGUGGUCCACCCCACCGCCGCGGGCACCGGAAUGCAACGUCUAAUCGGACUGACCCAUCCCGACUUGGCUCGAAUGCUACGGUACCCGAAGAUCACGCUGUUCAUUGACGGAACAUUUGCGGUGGUUCCUAAGCCGUUCAGUCAGUGUCUGAUUGUGAUGGCUUUCGAGCCUUCUGUCGACCUCUACGUGCCUGUUUGCUAUGUACUGGUGCAAGUCAAGUCCCAAGAAACGUACUGGCGGGUUCUCAACGAGCUCGUGAUCCUGAGCAACCGCCAGCUGGAGCCCGAAAAUGUCACGUGUGACUUUGAGCCCGCCCUUGUCAACGCUGUGCUGGAGCAAUUUCCGACUGCGAACCUCGUUGGGUGCCUGUUCCACUGGAAACAGGCCCUCCGUCGGAAAAUGCUUGAGCUGCGGCUACCCGAAGACCAAAUCAAGGACGCUCUCAGCCCAGGAAGGCUCGACACUCUCACGGUUAUCCCGGAGGACCAAAUCGCUGAAAAGGGUGUGAGGUACGUGAGGAGUAUUGUCGACGAGACCGGUUCGAAAACAAAAUGGAAUACUUUUUGGAAGUAUUUCCUCAAGACCUGGACGCAGCGAUUUGAUGUCACGACCUGGAACGUUCAUGAAAUGUACCCUAGCCUGCUUACCUUCAUUGAAGGCACCAAGCAAGAAGCAGCCCGCUAUCUCCAGCGCAUUGACGACAUCAAGAAGGGACUCCAGACGGCUCCGCAGCAUGCUCCGCCAGUAGUGCCAGGGAUCCCAGCUGGCUAUGCGGACUUUAAGUAUGAUAGUACGGUGUUCAGACGCUGA